GUGUCAUUCAUUCGACAAUUUCGUACAGUCUAGGUCGACAAUUUCGUUGUAAAUCGAACAAGAACGCUUAACUAAUUAAAAUAUGGCUCGUACCAAGCAAACUGCCCGUAAAUCGACCGGUGGCAAGGCGCCCCGCAAACAGUUGGCCACCAAGGCUGCCCGUAAAUCGGCUCCUUCGACUGGAGGCGUCAAGAAACCACAUCGCUACCGUCCUGGAACUGUGGCCCUACGUGAAAUCCGUCGCUACCAGAAGUCCACGGAGCUCCUCAUCCGCAAGUUGCCCUUCCAGCGUCUAGUGCGAGAGAUUGCUCAAGAUUUCAAGACCGAUCUGCGUUUCCAGUCGGCGGCUAUUGGAGCCCUACAGGAGGCCAGCGAGGCGUAUCUGGUCGGUCUUUUCGAGGACACCAAUCUGUGCGCUAUUCAUGCCAAGCGUGUUACCAUCAUGCCUAAGGAUAUCCAGCUGGCCAGACGCAUCCGAGGCGAGAGGGCCUAAACUCCCAUGUCCGCCAUCUUAAUUUGGAAAAACAGUGGCGGCAAAAAUGCCAACCCACAGCUGUCUUACAUAGGAGGAGAAAUGAAGGUGGAGAAACGAAAACCCACACCAGCAGCUGCCGCCGCUUAGUGCUUAGAUAUAUCUAUCUAUUUUUACUGAUAAGUAAUAAAUAAUGUUCAAAUAAAAUCGAAUAAUUUUUUUUUCUAAAA